AGGUCAUCUUGUCAUCUAUAAGUGACAGGAGUGACGUUUUACAAAAACUAGGAAGGCUAUAAAUAAAAAUACACUCCAGAAUUUUAUCAAAUUGUGCAAUCGUCCGCUUUUACAAGUAAAUAAAAGUAAUCUCGAACAUCCUACCGGGCAGACAACUAAUAUCAGCAGGAUGAGUCAGUUCUCUUCACCUAUGCCUAACAGGGAUUUUCUUUGGGACGUCUUUCAAAGGGUAGAUAGGGACAGAAGUGGUUUUAUCAAUGCAGACGAGCUUGGUCUUGCUCUUUCCAACGGAACAUGGAGUCCAUUCAAUCCAGAAACCAUUCGAUUAAUGAUUGGAAUGUUUGACAGAAACGGCAGAGGUCAAGUAAGCUUUGAAGAUUUUGGAGCGCUAUGGAAAUAUGUUACAGAUUGGCAAAAUUGCUUCAGAUCGUACGAUAGAGACAAUUCCGGUAACAUCGAUCAAAACGAACUAAAGAUCGCUUUAACGUCAUUUGGUUAUAGAAUUUCUGACAAAGUAAUCGGUUUACUUGUAAGAAAAUUCGAUAGGCACGGCAACGGGACAAUAUUAUUUGACGAUUUCAUUCAGUGUUGCAUCGUGUUAUACACCUUAACAUCAGCUUUUAGACAACGCGAUACUGAUCAAGACGGAUACAUAACCAUUCAUUACGAAGAUUUCUUAACGAUGGUUUUCAGUUUAAAAAUUUAAAAAAAUAAGUGAGAAAAUGUGCCACAAAUUUUCACAAUUUUCUUUGUCUACGUUCUUUUGCUACUAUAUUUCUUACAUAAAUAUCUCUCUCUAUGAGUGUAUUCUGAAAAAGGCCAAACGAUAAUUAUAAUAACUCGGUCUUCACAAUUACAAAACGAUAAACGCUUCUGUAAUUUAACAGAAAAUAUAGAUGUUAUACUUAUAAUGGUGGUUAUGACGUACGAUAUAUUUCAUACUUUUGUAUAUGUUUGUCAAUAAGUGUUAUGUAAACGGCAUUUAAUGUCUGUGAUUUAUUCUCUACUCUGUUGUUAAAGUAGGGUUUAUCCAUUAGUUUUACCAUAUUCCUAACUCUCUGUGAAUUAUUUCACUAAUUUUAGGCCUAAACUUUUAAUAUAAAAAAUUAGACUGUAUGAUAAAUGUCAACAUUACUGUUUCUUUUAUUUUU